CAGCUGCCGCACGUCAUGAUUCUACCCCAGGUGAGCGACGAUGAACCCCGACACUACCACUACCGUGCCGUCGUUAACAGGACGACCGCCGACAAUCAAUAACCUGACAGACGGCGAAGAAGAAGAUCUGCCUGAAGACGCUUUCUCGCUGCUGUCGGUGCUCCUAGUUGGAUUCCUCCUCUUGAUCCUGAUAUUCUUCUCGGUCGCCGGCAACGUCCUGGUCUGCGUGGCAAUCUAUACUGAUCGCGGGCUGCGGAGGAUCGGCAACCUCUUCCUGGCCUCGCUCGCCGUCGCCGAUCUCUUCGUCGGCGCGCUGGUGAUGACCUUCGCUGGGAUCAACGACCUCCUCGGUUAUUGGAUCUUCGGAAUGUGGUUCUGCGACAUCUGGAUCGCCUUCGAUGUUAUGUGCAGCACUGCCUCUAUUCUGAAUCUAUGUGCCAUAUCGCUCGAUCGUUACAUCCACAUCAAGGAUCCCCUCAGAUACGGUCGUUGGGUGACCAGAAGAGUCGCCAUUGGCGGUAUCGCUGUUGUGUGGUUGCUGGCAGGACUCAUAUCCUUCGUACCGAUCAGUCUAGAUCUUCAUAGGAAUGAAGAUCAACCCAAGCUCUCUAACGAAGUGGAAGAGCACCCUACGUGUGCCCUAGACAUUACACCUACCUAUGCGGUGGUGUCUUCUUGCAUAUCUUUCUACGUGCCCUGCAUCGUGAUGCUGGGUAUUUAUUGCAGGCUCUAUUGCUAUGCGCAAAAGCACGUAAAGAGUAUUCGAGCGGUGACGAAGCUGCCAGAGACCUCGAUGGCCAAGAGUUUUCGCUCAAAGAGCAGUCGCUGCAAACCGCCGAAGCCGCAGACGAAGACGAAGCCAACCAGUCCUUACCACGUGUCCGACCACAAGGCCGCGAUCACCGUCGGCGUAAUCAUGGGCGUGUUCCUGAUAUGCUGGGUGCCGUUCUUCUGCGUCAACAUUGUCGCAGCCUACUGCAAGACCUGCAUAUCUCUCCGAGCGUUCCAGGUUCUCACGUGGCUCGGCUAUAGUAAUUCGGCCUUCAACCCGAUAAUCUACAGCAUCUUCAACACUGAGUUCCGGGAAGCGUUCAAGAGAAUCCUCACGAAGGGUGCGCGCGCCCGCGGCAACCAGCCGUCGACCAGCGAGUGCGGCGAGUUUCGGUCCGUGGUGGUGCAAAAGCGCAACGGCUCCAUGGUCGAGUGCAAUAUCAGUCCGAGAUCGAGCGCGGACAGCUGCCAGGUCGGCGUGAUGGCUCAACGACACCGUGACACCAUAGUCAGCGCCAUAUAAGAAAAAAAACAAACAAAAAGAAAACAUCAACGAGCGUCUUCUUCUACUCUCCGUCAUCUUUAAAAACGACUUCCUUUCUUGGAUCUCACUCGCCGCUUGCCGCCCGAGUCGUCGCGGUUUUUCGAUGUCUUUUUUUUUUUUUUUUUUUUCAUUUUUGUAUUUUCUCGUCAAUCCUGUCGCGAAGACUUUUGCGAUCCAAAAAAAAAAAGAGAUUUCGAGACGUCAGCAUCCGCGUCUGGCGGAAAAAACGUUGCAAAUUUAAACAGACGCUCGAAUAAUGAUCAAGAUGUUGUUUUAAUGACAUUUGGACUUGCAGAGUUUAUGCGCUUAAUUUAUUUUCGAAGAUUGUCGUGACGCAUAUUGCGCAGUUGUUUCACAUGCGAAUUCGCAUCGAUGUACAUAAAUAAUCUACAUACAGCAUUGCUUGUAUCAACACGCGAGACGUUUACUCUCCUACGUGCGAAAGUUUAUUCGCGCUGUAUUUGCAUGUACGGGAGAAUUUUAAUUAAACGCAAAGGAGAGCGAUCGUCUUCUGCUCGCGCGGAAGAAACGCGCAUUCCGAUUGCGGACACCUAUGUGUCUCGCUACAUAGCCACUCGUGUAAUAUAAAUGUAAACUGGGGACGCUGAUAAUACUCAAUCAUCUUGCUGAAUCUCUUCUCCAUCAAAAUGUAGCGCGCGGUAGUUGUAAGUGAUGGCUGCUAUUGUCGAUUAAUGUUCUAGAUAACAAAAAAUUCAUCAUUUGAUGACAUUUCGGAAAAGCCGAUAUGGCGUGUCUCAUUGACGUCGGAUUUUUAGAAGAAUAAAUGAAGGAGCAAUAUAUACAUAUACACACAUAUAUCGAGACACAUUUGCAGAAUAUUAUACAAAAUCUAUUUUGGUAUUUCGUGUCUCUUCUUCUAUAUUCUAUACGAUCAUCCGUAUACUAUAACGAUAACUUGAAAUAUAAUCUCAUAUAAAGUAAUUUUGUGAUGAGAACAAUUACGCGAGAGUAACGCGAGUUUUCGUUGUCACACGCAUUAUAUUAUUCGAUUUUUUUCUUUUUUUUUUUUUUUUUAUUGUGAAAGAGGCUGUGUUGUUCGAUCGAAUAUAUAGAGCGCGAAAAAAUUCGCGAGGACAUUUUUAUCCAUUAUAAUUAAGACAAUCGCCCGAAUUACUUCGAAGCAUAUCCAAGAAAAAACAUAGUACCUGCUUUCUCUCUUGAUUUAUGUACAUAUAUAUACACAUAUUUAUUUAUUAAUGUAAAAUACGAUAUGCAUAUAUUUAUGUA